AUUUGUGGUUGUUAUGGUGAUUCAAAUAUGGCGGACGCGAUUAACGAAAAUUUCUAAACUAAAGUUAUGUUUUCUCUAACAGAACUUCCAAAUAACCAGGAAGAAGUCGGAAAACUACUUGUUAGAGUAAGAAUGAUCCUUGCCUGUCCAUUUUAAUAGUUUUCUCUGCCAAAAAAUUCAAAAUAGACGCGUAAUUUUGCGUUAAAGAUUUUUUGACCUGUUGUUUACAUUCUGUUUUCUUGAUUGUUUGUCAGGUUCAAGAUGAUUUAAGGCAUCUCAGAGAACAGAUUAGCAAUGCUGUCGAAGGAAGAAGUGUAGAAAAGUUAGAUUUAAAGGGUAUUGAAAAGGCUAUUGAAAGAACCGAACUUGGAGUUAAGGUAUAUUGUAAUGUUUUUGUGUUAAAUGCACAGUUAAUAUGUAGCUAUAUUUACCAUGUUAUAUUAACAAAGUGGGUCGAGUUCUUAAUUAACCUGGUUUUAUUGUAUGUUACUAUAAUAUCAAAGAAACAUUUUUCACAAGUUUAAAGAUACUGUAAUUCCUAUGAAUUCCGUAAUGUAUUUAAACAAACGCUAUGUUUACAUUUUGAACUGCUAUGAUAUGAUAUACUAAUUGAAUAUCUAACCAUUUUCUGGUUCGCUAUACUUGUAAAUGAAUAUAAAUAUAUGUUUCAAUUCAAAAAAAUGCAAACUUUGGGCAAUGUUUAUAUCUGAAUGAACUUUUCAGCAUCUUUAAAUAGCUAUGUCCAAUAUAAAAUACCAUGUGGCAAUUAUUCUCAAAAGUUUCUCAGAAUUGCAGCAUGUGAGUUACCUUAGUUUGUGCAACUCAGUCCUUAGGGGCAUAGCUGAAACAUGUUCCCCUGGAAAAUUUAUGUAUAUUUUAUAGGGUCUGCAAAAAGUGUAGGGGGGGGGGGGUGCCUCUGCCCUGCAUGGCUAUACACCUCUUUCAGUUUUUGGAAUUUUGCUUUCAAUUGGCAGUUACUGUACCAGACAAUUUUUCCUUCAAAUUGGACAGCAUUAAAUGCAUCCUUAGUACGCUAUUUUGGCUUUAUCACUGCAUGUUGCCUGAAGUUUAUUGUUCUGUGUAUCAAUACUUGCAAUGUCAAAACAUGUUGCAUAAACUGUGUAACAGUUCUUUAAUACUAUUUUGCAUAUUUUACCAGAGCAAAGCUUCAAAUUAUGUGCAAGCUGUCAAUAAUCAAGUCCUAACACUGCCAUCUCUUGAACAAACUGUCUCAAAGAAGAGAGUCGAAGAAAGCAGUGGCAACAGGUACAAACAUCAUGCUAAUAUUAGCUAGCUCAACUUCACAGCCCUUGAAACUACUGAAAUUUUUCUUGCCAACUUAAGUUCUCGAAUGUUUUUGGAACAAAUGGACAAAUUCCAAAACGUAUUUAUGAACAGCCAGGAGCGAAACUAUUGGGAGGUGUGGCAACCCCCUAGUUUCUAUCUUGUCGGGUAUGUCCCCCCCCCCUCGCUGGCCAACAAUUUUGGGAAAAGAAAUAUUAAUUAGCGACUGAAAUAUUAAUUAGCGACUUAGGCCAUGCCCCUGUUGUUGGGCAAAACAAGCUUACACACACCCAGCCGUAAUACAGAAGUUUCGCCCCUGUGAACAGCAAUCAUUGCCGACCAAAACAGGUAGCAAAAUGCAGGAACAAUCAAUAGACAAUUCCAGCUGUCGACUAAUUUUUUAUCUAGACAAGAAAGAUGAAAUAUAUCAUUAUAGCUCAAAAGAGCAUCCUAAAAUUAGUCGAAAAUUGCAAAGUUUGGUUGCGAAAUAUGCUGUAAAAUACGGAAAAUAUAGCCCUGUGAAAUUAGCAAAUUUUGAGUAUUUUAGUAUUAUGCGCGGUAAAAAUAACCACUUUCGGCUCAAAAAUGGUUAUUUUGACUGCGCGUAAUACUAAAAUACUCAAAAUUUGCUAAUUUCACAGGGCUAUACUUUCCAUAUUUUACAACAUUUUGCAACCAAACUUUGCAAUUUUACUAAUUUUAGGAUGCUCUUUUGAGGUAUAAUGAUAUAUUUCGUCUUUCUUGUCUAGAUGAAAAUGAUGAUGUCACUGAUAAAUGGUACAAGUUGUACAGUAUAACACAGUUUAUCCAAAUUUUAUUUUUAUAGCCUUGAUGAGAAACCUAGUGCCUACCUAAAGAAAGCACAUGGAGUUCGACCAAAACAGAG